AAGCUCUUCUGGAGGCGGAGAGAAGGGUGGGGAAAAGGCAACAAGCCAAGCCCACAGAGAGGCAAGACGUAAAGGCUGAGAACCAGAAGAAGGAGGAACAUAGCCACAGCCUGCGGCAGAGGAGGAGGACAGCCGAGCAGGGACUAAACAGGUGGUGUCACCCGAGUGCCAUAGGUGGGCUGGGAAAAAGUGGGAGGAGGUUGGAAGAGCCAGGAAUGAGGACAGACCGGUUUCCUGCACUUCUGCAGGACUGUUCUCAGCAGAGGUUCUCUGGAACAGAUAUUAAUUCAGCCUCGAACAAGAGAACCCAGUGGAUUAAGGACUUUAACCCAGCGUCUAAAGUGGGCUGCAUACCUGAAACGGAAUAUUGUAAUGGAGAGGUCACAGCAGAUUGCCCUGUGGUGGUCCUGCGAAGGUCUACCUUGGAGGUGCGACACGUUGGCAGCAGCCGGAAGACAGUGAGCAUGUAUGGCUCCCUGGACGAACCCCAACAACAAGGUUACACCACAGUGGGGCAUGAGUAUAGGUCACAGAGACCUCACAGUGUGUGCAUGCUGGCCGCCGCCAAGUCGAGCAGUGUGCUCGUGACUCAUUCCUCGUCAGGUAAAGAGCGAUACUCUGACCGUCUUCAGGAGCGCAGAUGCAAUCGAGCGCUUGAUGGCCUCAAGCAAGACAUGCCUCCGUCUUUCCGCCUGCCGUCAUACUCGCAACAGGAGGUGCUGCCUCGCCGUACCCUACAGACAUCUGGAAAACCUCGGCCUGUUAGCAUGACAGUUCUAGAGUUAAAGGAGAGUAUUAGGCCAGAAGACGAACUGGCUAACCGCACUUUUAGCGAUGCCGCAAGCCUGCCACGCUCUGGCUUUCGAUGGAGGUUAUUUGGACGACAGGCACAAGAUAAAGAGGCAGUGCUGGCACCUACCAGCACCAAACCAGACAGGCCAAAGAAAAGGUUUAGCUCUCUGCGACGGAGCCUAAGCCUCAGGCUCAAGCGAAAUUGUAAUCCACCAGAACAAGAUGCUGUACGCGAAAGAACAUGGACAACGAACGCGAGAGACGUGGCGCGCCCUAACCAGCCUUUUUCAUAUCUGACUGGUAGAACGUUGUCUUCUGCUUACGAACACAGUGAGCACCAGAGAGGCAAGCAGGUAAUUGAGUUCCAAACCAGAGGGAAGGUCUCGGUUAUCGAGGUUCCCUUAGCACCACCUAAACUCACCAAGCCCUUUAAACCGACGUCUUCAGAGCCGAAUUUUUGGCAGCUUAUCACUAGUCGCUUUAAGAGGAAAAGCAACAAAUCCGAGGCUUGUGCUGAAAGCCAACAAUCUGGCACGGGUCCCCCGGCCUGGAAUAAAAAGCCGCAGCCAGUUACCAUAGAGACUCUAAAGGGCAUUGAUUUCAGCAAAGGUCAAGAUUCCUUUGUCAACAGUCAGGAGUGGACAUUGAGUAGAUCAGUUCCAGAGCUCAAAGUGGGCAUUGUGGGUAACCUCUCCAGCGGGAAGUCGGCCCUCGUACACCGGUACCUGACAGGAACAUAUGUCCAGGAAGAGUCUCCAGAGGGAGGACGGUUUAAAAAAGAGAUCGUGGUGGAUGGACAGAGCUACCUGCUGCUAAUCCGAGAUGAGGGAGGACCUCCUGAGCUUCAGUUUGCCGCCUGGGUGGACGCUGUGGUGUUCGUCUUCAGCCUGGAAGAUGAGAUCAGUUUCCAGACGGUCUACAACUACUUCCUGCGCCUGUCCAGCUACAGGAACACGGCCGAGGUCCCCAUGGUGCUGGUGGGCACGCAGGACGCCAUCAGUGCCACCAACCCGCGAGUCAUCGACGACGCCAGAGCCCGCAAGCUCUCAAACGACCUGAAGCGAUCCACCUACUACGAGACCUGCUCAACUUACGGCCUCAACGUCGAGAGAGUCUUCCAGGACGUCGCUCAGAAGGUGGUGGCUCUGAGGAAGAAGCAGCAGUUGGCCAUCGGGCCGUGUAAAUCCCUACCCAACUCUCCGAGUCACACGUCCGUCCCGGCCGCGGCCAUCCCUUCCGUACACCUCAACCAGGCUACUAACGGAGGGGGUGUGCCAUUCAGUGACUACUCCUCCUCAGUGCCCUCCACUCCCAGCAUGGGGCAGCGGGAGAUGCGCAUCGAGACCAUCGCGGCCUCGAACACGCCCACGCCCAUCCGCAAGCAGUCCAAACGCCGCUCCAACAUCUUCACAUCUCGGAAAGCGAGCGAGCAGGCGAAGAGCUCCGAGUGUAAAACUGACAGCAUAGGAAGUGGGAGGGCGAUUCCCAUUAAACAGGGAAUUCUGCUGAAGAGGAGCGGCAAGUCGCUCAACAAAGAGUGGAAAAAGAAGUACGUGACGUUGUGCGACAACGGCGUCCUCACCUACCACCCCAGCUUACACGAUUACAUGCAGAACGUUCACGGGAAAGAGAUCGAUUUGCUCCGGACCACAGUCAAAGUGCCGGGGAAAAGGCCGCCCCGGGCCGUGGCUACGGUAGCCCCGACUGCAAGUCCAAAAAGCAACGGUUUGACCAAGGACAGGAGCGCACUGCAGCUCGGCAUCGGAGCCACAGGUGCUUCCCACUCCAACAGCAGUACCUCUUUGCAGUCUGGGGGCGUGUCCAGUGGACUGGGUGUGGUCUCCGGGGGCGGGGCUAAAGAGGGAAUGCAUCAGCGCUCCUUCUCGGUGUCCAGUGCUGAGCAGUGGAAUGAAGCUGUUAACACGAGCAGCACUUCUGCCAAUGGAACUUUGGAUUCUCUCAGCGCCGCUACUGGUCUAGGUGGACCCACCAGUCCCAAACUGGAACCACCUCCUUCGCCACAUGCGAACCGCAAGAAGCAUAGGAGGAAAAAGAGUACGGGUAUCACCAAACCUGACGGGCUUUCAGCAGGGACUGAAGAGCAAGAAGAGUCAUUCGAGUUCAUCAUUGUGUCAUUGACCGGUCAGAUGUGGCACUUCGAGGUGACCACGUAUGAAGAGAGAGAGCUGUGGGUCCAAGCCAUUGAGAGUCAGAUAUUUGCCAGCUUGCAGUCGUGUGAAAGUAGCAAGAAUAAGUCUCGAUUAGGGAGCCAGAGUGACGCCAUGACCAUCCAGUCUAUCAGGAAUGUGAGAGGGAACAGUUUCUGUGUGGACUGCGACUCCCCCAAUCCUGACUGGGCGAGUUUGAACCUCGGUGCUCUGAUCUGUAUCGAGUGCUCUGGGAUCCAUCGGCACCUGGGCACUCACCUGUCCCGGGUGCGCUCGCUGGACUUGGACGACUGGCCCGUGGAGCUGAGCAUGGUGAUGACGGCUAUAGGGAACGCUAUGGCGAACAGUGUGUGGGAGGGAGCGCUGGAGGGGUAUACCAAACCUGGAGCUGAUAGCAGCAGGGAAGAGAAGGAGUGUUGGAUCAGAGCGAAGUACGAGCAGAAGCUGUUUCUUUUGGGCCUGCCACAGUCGGAUGUACCCCUGGGGCAGCAGCUCCUGCGGGCCGUAGUGGAGGACGACUUGAGGCUGGUGGUGUUGCUCCUGGCUCACGGCAGUAAGGACGAGGUGAACGAGACGUACGGCGACGGGGACGGCCGCACCGCCUUGCACCUCUCCUGCGCCAUGGCUAACGUCGUCAUCACGCAGCUGCUUAUCUGGUACGGAGUGGACGUGAAGAGUCGCGACGCCCGAGGUCAGACGCCACUCUUCUUCGCCCGGCGUGCGGGAAGCCAGGAAUGCGUCGACAUCCUGGUCCAACACGGCUGCCCUACGGACUCCGUCGGUGCGUCGACGCCACCCGGGACACGCCACAACCCCAACGCCAACAACAACAAUGGACAGUGCGAGAUGAAUCGCAGCAUUAGCAUCAUGUAGAUCCCGGCCCUUCCCGAUAAUACGCCCGUCCUGUACGCCUUUAGUGUGCCAUUAUACUGUGACUUCCCUUUCGGUGUCUAAAUGAGGUCCGUUCACGUCCAGAUCUUAAGUCAGGUGUCUAAAUGUGCCAGAUUGACCAAUACUCCCCCAAAAUCAAUCGUUAUAUCACAAGGCUACGCUGCUCUACAACAAGAAGUCCAUCUAGGAGAACGCUUUCAGUAGAAUGUUUUUUUGUGUCAGAAUUUAAUAUGGUUUGGAUUUAAAAAAACGAAAGAAAAAACGCCUGUAUACUGAUUACAGGACGACGCGAACCCGUUGGCGAUUUUAAUAAGGCGCGGGUCGCGGGACGCAAUUUUUUUCCCCCUCGCCGCAGAAUUCAUCAAAACCGAUAGCCGCCGCUUAAGAAUACCUCUUCAGCCGCGGCUGAAGGACAUGAUUACCCCCCGAGCUGAGAAGAAUACGUCGUUAUCAGGGCUUUGUGAGACCGAUCGGAACGAGGACGCUGAAGUGGUCGCCUGACUGUUUGACACCGGGGUCUAUGUACACGCUCCAUCUCUUUCUCUCUCUCUCUCUCUCUCUCUCUCUCUAUCUGUCUCUCUAACUAUAUAUAAAACGAAAGAUCUCUCAAUGCGACCUACGUUCCUCUGUGAACUUGUGUGCGUGCUUAGAGAAUGCUCAUUUACCUCCUCCGUACUUGAUUAUGCAUUCGACGAGGACUUUUUUUUGGUUCUUCAUUUCGUACUGAACGUGCGAUUCGUGACGGUACUCCAGAUCACAUACAGAACGGUGUGUGUGUGUGUGUGUGUGUGUGUGUGUGUGUGUGUGUGUAUAGUAGCUUAUAUUUUCCUCAGACUGCCUCAUCUUACUAUUUAGGUGCUAAAUAAUUAGCAAAAAAACAAAACAAAGGCUUGACCAACCUCUGUAGUGACUCUUAGCGGGAUAAAAGUUAUCGCUAGUAAAGAUACUAGCAUGGCCGUUCCAUGGCGAUUCGGAUGAGCUAGCAUUUUUUUUUGUUGUUCUAUCUUUGAAACAAACACCACUUCGCCUCACAUUAAGUAGCUACGAGGACAAGAACCGAAGCAGGAUGAUUUAGAAUCUUUUAUCUUUUUGUACCGUGCAGUAUUUUCGUUUUGCUGAGCAACAUGUCCGGCCCCCUUUUGCUAGCCGGGUUGCCAGGUAAUUGGGGAAAUUUUCCGCCUUGAACCCGCAGUAACCUAAAAACCCCAUUAAAUUGUUUGGGAAUACGAAAAAAACAAACAAAAAACCCACAGCUUUUCCUCGUAUAUACUCAUACUCAAACUCAUCCUUUGGUCACUCGGUGUUUGACGUGUCUGCCAUCGCAAAUUGUUUUGCAAGGUUUCGCAGAAAUUGACUAGCAUCGAGCUAGCUGUAUUUGCCGUUAUACACCUAAACCCCAAAACAAAAAAAAAUGAUUUCUUGUUCGCACCGAUGUAUCCGAACCUUUAUUUUAUUAUUACAAGGAACCUGCACUUCGUCUUCAUUCAUUCGCCCAUCUCAUAAACGUGUUGCCUGUGGAUUCAACCGGGUUCUACCGUAUGCUGAUUGGAUGGAGACCUGGUGGGCCGCCGAAACGGUUCUGAAGUCUUGCGCUCUUCUUUUUUGUAUUCCCCCGUUCCCCGCCCCCACCCUAGUACCAGUGGUCUCUCUUCACAUUGCCUGACCAUUGAAGGUACUUUUUUGUGUGUGUGUAUAAUGAUGUACAUUUGACAUAUUUAUAAAAAAAAAUGCCGGAUGUAAAUAUUGUUUUUUUUUAUCUUUUUUUUUUUCUCUCUCUCCCGCUCUUGAAAUGUGUUUUUUUUUUUUUUAUUACAUUAUGAAGUGACUUCAUGAGUGUGUGCGCUCGAAUGCUUGGCUGACUAUUGACAUCGUAAACACUCCAAUAAAAAACAAUUUUUACCAUG